AUGGCAGAUAAAUCGAAGACUUCGAAUUUUUAUUCAGGUUCACAAGAUCCUGUAGAGAAGUACCAGGGAUUUUGGUUCCGUAGGAGCUCCUUACAAGGAAUUGAGGAAAUGUGUUUUGAGUUUGAAGCCCAUCCUGACGACAUAAUACUGGUUUCACCUAUCAAAAGUGGUACCACCUGGAUUAAAUCACUUGUCUAUACCAUUCUCACCUGCAAACAAUAUGACCUAAACGACCCUCUUUACGGCCCCCAUUCCAUUCCAAACUCAAUGUAUCUCUCUCCCCGUGUGUUUCACACCCAUGUGCCAUACCAGCUAUUGUCUGAAUCCAUCAAAUCCUCUGGCUGUAAAAUUAUGUACAUUUGCCGCAAUCCCAAGGACACUUUUGUCUCACUGUGGGAGAUGACUAUCAAUAGAUCAGAGAACAAAGAUGACUCUGUAUGUAAGGAAGAAGCAGUACAGAAUUUCUGUAGAGGAUUUUACCACAGUGGCCCCUUUUAUGAGCAUGUAGCUUCUUAUUGGCGUCAGAGAACCAAGCCAAAUGUUCUUUGCCUCACUUACGAAGACCUGAAUGAAGAUCCUUUGUUUUGUAUUAGAAUUUUAAGUGAUUUUAUGGGGUGUUGGUGGGUAAAGGGAGAGGAAGACCUGAGGAAAAUUGCUGACAAGUGCAGUUUCCAGUCUCUAUCUGAGAUGGAGGUGAACAAAACUGGAGAAAUUCGCCUGCCUGGACUUCGACUGAAAAAUAACAGUUUCUUCAAGGAAGGAAAAGUGGGUGGUUGGAAGAAUUUUCUAACACCAGAUUUGAAUGCAGAGAUGGAUAAAAUGAUUGAACAGAAUCUUUCUCUGGUAGAAGACUUGGGCCUGAAAUUCAAGUACAACUUAACAGAUACAGAUGUUGAUUUGGAUGGGCAGUCUAAGCAGGCCUAA